AUGAAGUUGCUGAUCGCCUUUGCGGCUGCGUUGGCCGUUGCUUCGGCACAGACAGCAGCUGACAGAUUCCCAGAUGACUUCAUGUUCGGAGCUGCAACAGCAGCGUAUCAGAUCGAAGGAGCCUGGAAUGAAGAUGGGAAGGGAGAAAACAUUCAGGACUACCUCUUCCACAACCAUCCUGAAUAUACUGCAGGAGACACAGGGGACGUUGCCUGCGAUUCUUACCACAAGUACAAGGAGGACGUGCAGAUGCUCAAGGCCCUCAAUGCGAACGUAUACCGCUUUUCGAUUUCCUGGGCACGAGUGUUGCCUACUGGGGACGUUGACAUUAUCAACCAGCCUGGUAUCGACUAUUACAACAACCUCAUCAACGAGCUACUCGCUAACGGAAUUCAGCCGAUGGUGACUAUGUACCACUGGGACCUGCCCCAAGCACUGCAGUACAUCGGAGGCUGGCCCAACGAGUUGCUGGCAGACUACUUCGUUGAAUACGCCAGGGUACUGUUUGAAAACUUCGGAGAUAGGGUGAAAUGGUGGGUUACAUUCAACGAGCCAGCUACCUUCGUGCAUGGCAACACAGAUGUGAGGAUGGCCCCCUCUCAACCCGCCAAAGGCAUCGGCGACUACCUGGCGGCACAUACCAUCAUCAAAGCCCACGCGCGCGUCUGGCACCUCUACGAUGAGCAGUUCAGAGCCUCUCAAAAUGGUUAG